AUGACAGCAGUAGAGAGUAGCGACGUGCCCCGCUUUGAAGUUGAGAAAGCAGAGCCCACAAGCACUGCGGAGGAGCUAUCAGCCGCGCAGCGCGCUCGCAUCGAGCGCAACCGUCUGCGUGCACGGCAGCUGCGGGACGCACGCCUUGUGGCCCGGCCCAAUGUCUGUGAGCGCAUUCCUGCGCCCGCCGCGGCCACGGACAGCGGCGGCGGCUUCCUGCCUGAAGAAGAGGAGUCUACUAUCCCGGUGCGGGCCGUCCCGCAACCUGCGCCCAUCGUAGACCCGACGGAAAGACCGCAGUGCCUCGAAUGUGACCAACUGUUCCCAGAGUCUUAUCUCUUCGACACAUUCGGAUACAAUGUGUGCGACGAGUGCAGGGACGACGACGGUGCGCACGCUCUAAUUACACGCACCGAGGCGAAGAACUCAUUCUUCUUGAAGGACUGCGACCUAGACCUGCGGCCUCCGGCUCUGCGCUUUGUGCGGCGUCGCAAUCCGCACGGGUCGCGGCUCGGUGACAUGCGACUGUAUCUGCGCGCGCAGGUGGAGGCACGCGCACGACUAGUGUGGGGUUCGGACGAGGCGCUGGAGGAGGAGCGCGCGCGCCGCGAGGAGGCGCGGGUGCGCGCGCGACACACACAGACGUCGCGAAGGCUGCGCGCGUUGCGAAUGGAUGUGCGCUCCAGUCUGUUUGAUAAGUCACGCGCCGUGCACGAGCAUACUUUUGGUGAUGAGAAGUACGACGAGGCCACCGAUUUAUAUUCGCGUUCAUGCGCUUGUGGUCACACCGAAACUUAUGAAAAAAUGUAAACAAAGGCAGUGUGUUAUUCUUCUCUGUAAAUGAAUUCGAUUUUUUAUUAUUUAAGUGCGUACUUUCUACAUUCUACAACAAUUGAAGAAUUUUGAAUGUGUGUCUGUUAAAUAUAAAUCUUUACUUAUCUACAUAAUUAUAGAUCUGUUAAUUUUAGUUAUCUCAAGAUUUAUAAUGAAACUUGGGAAACCGCCUGUAGUGUGUAAGAUUGCGUGUACAGUUAUAGAUAUACAAUGAAUUUUUAAGAAAUAGUUUACAAGGUGAUGUCGAAAAAAUGUUACAUGUAAAAUUAACGGCUUCGCGUAUAAUUUCGAAUUCAGAUAGUUACCUAAUGUCGUCGUAAAAUAAAUAAAUAUUAGAAAACUUUCUGGUUGAUCCGGUUAUCUCAGUUGUGUGGAUAUUAAUAAUUAACUAUAGAAUUAAAAAUUAAUUAAAAAAAGAAAUAAUGUUUUAU